UGGAUAGUGUUUAGUGCAUGUAAACAAGCAGCUACUGUUAAAAAGAAGCACAAAGAAUACACUCUGCAGGAACAGCUUUCAUCAUGAGGGUGGAUAGGAGUGGACUGGACAUUCCUGUGUAUGACCUGUCACUAAUACGGGGCCUGUGGGAAGUUCGGGUAAAGAAACACAAGCAACAACAGAAGAAAGAGCAGGAAAGGAUCAACAAAAGUGCCCUGACCAAGAUAAAUCAGCAAUGGCAGUAUCGCAUAUCAUGCAGAAAAAUUAAGAGCAAAGAGGUCACAGCACUUCAGUGCUAUCUGGAAAGAUCAGCAUUUGCAGAGAUGGACAUUCUUCCCACAGCUGACCCAAACAUUGACAGUGAAGACAAGAAAUAUAUUUUUGAGCUGAGUGGAGAUAAAUGGAGGAAACUACCAGAAGAUCUUCAGUACAUGACUUAUCUCAGAGAAUGGCACAUUCAUGGAACGCAAAUUCAGAAGAUCCCUACUUACAUUGAAGAGUUUGUAAACUUACAAGUUCUGAACAUACCUAAAAAUGGACUCACAGUGCUUCCAGCUGAAAUAGGAAAACUGUCAAACCUAAAGGAACUGAAUGUAAACUACAAUAAGCUAUCAAUCAUUCCACCUGAGCUUGGGGAAUGUGAGAAUCUUGAGAAACUGGAAAUGACAGCCAAUGUUGACCUUAGUGAAUUGCCAUUUGAGCUGAGCAACCUGAAAAAACUUAAACAUCUAGACCUCGCUGAGAAUAAGUUUCCCACCAUACCAAUCUGUGUACUGCGAAUGACCAGUCUUCAGUGGUUGGACAUCAGUAGAAACAGACUCACUGAUUUGCCAGAGGAUAUUGACAGGAUGGAAGAAUUACAGACAGUGUUUCUUCACAAGAACAAAUUAAAAUACUUACCUUUAUCAAUGGCAAACAUGGACACACUCAAGAUGCUUGUUGUCAGUGGAGAUGAACUAACCAGCCUUCCUUCCAAAUUAAUAGAUAAUCCAGAUAUUAAAUUCAUUAAAUUAUUUGACAACCCAAUACACGUGGAUGGCAGUGAGGACAACGAUACCCUCCCGGAACAAGUAGAUGAUGACAAGCAGUUUAUGCAGACCUAUAUUGAGACACUUAAAGACAGAGAAACAGCACCAACAUACACUACCAAAGUGUCCCUGAGGUGCCUACUUUAGUCAAGAUGAAGAUCCUAGAGCCAUGUUGGACACAAGACAAUAUAACAGUAGGAAGAAACUGAAACCAUGUUUAAACUGGUACUUGUAUAUUAAGAAUUUGAAUGUAUAUAAGACUUGUCAUCAUACUUAAUUUGUAAAAUGGAUUUGGUUGUGUUUAUAGUUUAAAUAUCUUUAAAUAAAUGAUAAUAAAAUAGAUGUGAAAGUA